AGAAGGAGUCGGUGAAAGUCAAAGCCAACCAUAUCUUGUCUUAUGUAAUAUAUACAUCCAUGAAGCCAACUGAUGGCAGCAUUGUAACAAAUAAAAUAUAGCGAGUAUUACCCGGCACCUGCUGAUUUGUGAGAUGCUGACCUCAUCUUGCCAGUGACCAUAGCUCGCCGUCCCCAGACCAGCCGAGACAGGAAAGCAGGACCCGGAUCAGACAGACGUGGCAUGGCUGCCAGGCAGCAGAGACCUGCGGCUGCCUCAGACGGCUCAGCCGAGGCCAGAAGGACGGACCUCAGGGUCAAUGAGAAGAAGUGCUCUUGGGCCUCCUACAUGACCAAUUCUCCAACUGUGAUAGUGAUGAUUGGGUUGCCCGCUAGAGGCAAAACCUACAUGUCCAAGAAGCUGACACGCUACCUCAACUGGAUUGGAGUGCCAACUAAGGUAUUUAACCUUGGCGUUUAUAGGAGAGAAGCAGUGCAGUCAUACAAGUCAUAUGACUUCUUCAGACAUGACAAUAAAGAAGCAAUGCAAAUUAGAAAACAGUUUGCUCUGGUGGCACUGGAGGAUGUCAAGGCCUAUCUUGAUGAGGAGGCAGGCCAGAUCGCUGUUUUUGAUGCCACCAACACCACCAGAGAGAGGAGGGAACUCAUCCUUAAUUUUGCAAAGGAUAAUUCAUACAAGGUGUUUUUUGUUGAAUCAAUAUGUGACGAUCCAGAUGUCAUCGCUACAAAUAUCCUGGAUGUGAAGGUGUCCAGCCCAGAUUACCCUGAGAGGGACAGAGAAAGUGUCAUGGAGGACUUUCUGAAGAGAAUAGAAUGUUAUAAAGUGACAUACCAACCUUUGGAUCCGGACGAACACGACAACAACCUGUCCUUCAUCCAGGUCAUCAACGUCGGCCGUCGUUUCUUGGUCAACAGGGUGCAGGACUACAUCCAAAGUAAAAUAGUGUACUACCUCAUGAACAUCCACGUACACUCCCACUCCAUCUACCUCUGUCGGCACGGAGAGAGCCAUUACAAUGUGGAGGGACGCAUCGGGGGAGACUCUGAACUGUCAGAGCGAGGGAAACAGUUUUCAGCAGCACUGAAGGGUUUUGUGGAAGAGCACCGUCUGUCAGACCUGAAAGUUUGGACGAGCCAGCUGAGACGCACCAUUCAGACGGCAGAGGAGCUGGGAGUUCCCUACGAGCAGUGGAAGAUCCUUAAUGAAAUAGAUGCUGGAGUAUGUGAAGAAAUGUCCUAUGAAAUGAUUGAGGAAACAUACCCAGAGGAGUUUGCCAUGAGGGGCCAGGACAAGUACCAUUACCGCUACCCUGGAGGAGAGUCCUACCAGGACCUGGUUCAGCGACUGGAGCCGGUCAUCAUGGAGCUGGAGCGACAGGGCAACGUGCUGGUCAUCUGUCAUCAGGCCGUCAUGCGCUGCUUGCUCGCCUAUUUCCUCGACAAAAGCGCAGAUGAUCUACCCUACUUGAAGUGUCCCCUGCACACUGUCCUAAAACUCACUCCUGUGGCUUAUGGUUGUAAAGUGGACCUGUUUGACCUGAAGGUGGAGGCUGUCAACACUCACAGGGACAGACCAUUGAAAGGGAGAGAUGCAAAGAAGGUCUCCACCGGAUUCGAACCAGGGACGUUGAGGUUCAUGAAUAAAGUCAGCACAGAUGCUGUGCCGCCAGCUUUCCUCCGACGGAACAGCUUCACUCCGUUGUCCAGCCAAGACCAGAUUAAACGACCUCGUCUUUACAGCAUGGGCAACCCUCCACAGGCACGCAUGUCCCAGGCCCCCGCUUUACCCAGCAUGCAGUUCUCGGAGGUGUCUGAGGGCGCAGAGCUGCUACAAAGCAAGGACUCUGUAAACUGUUUCAGUGCAGCAGACGCAGACGAAUGUGUUCGGAGUUAAAGAAGCAGAGAGAGAGGCUUUUCUCCACAUGGAUGUAUCACCAGUUCUGAGGACUAGCAGUAUAAUCCCCAGCUGCUUCAGCCAUUACAUUCUUAACCAAUGUAUUACACACCUUAUCUGUGUAACCCUAUAUGUGUUUAUUCUUUGUUUUUUUGUUGAAUAGGUUAUGUGUGUUAUUGAGUGUGUGCACAUACAUACGUACACACAUACAUGCAUACAUACAUGAACUCAAAAGCCUUCCAUAAAAGCCUUCAUAUCUAGAUUUAUAGUAAUGUGGGUUUUUUUUAGUAAGUAGAGACUCUUAAAACCCGUCCAUUAGAUCCUAGCACACUCCACAUACUGUAGUCUACAGUCAUAUUAUGCUGCGCUAGAUAUAGAACAUGUUGAUUGUGAAUUGUAUAUCUCAAUGCAAGUUACUACCUUUAGUUUAAGUGUAAAAGAGUGCCUCUCUUAAAGGAAGCCAUGUACAGCUUCGUUUUUUUCUCUCCGAUUUUUUCUUUAAGUUACCUAUUUAAACAUUCCCAGGUAAUGUGCAUCCUUCCAUGGGUGGUUUUGACAAGAUGUAGUAAUAAUUUGAUUUUGAAAUGUAAUUUAAAGCAUGUUAACCUUGCAGUGGGCAGACACAAGCUGUGAAAAGUAAUGAAAUGUUUUGUCUAGCCCUACAAAAAGGACAUCAGCUACUGUGCUAUUUUUUACUCUGUGACAAUGAUUCUGUUCUUCUCUUAAAUGAUGCCUACAGUACCUGUAUGUUUUGCCUUCUACUGAAAUAACGGCGCUGUCUACUGUGAUAAUGUAAAGCUGAUCACAUUUGAACUCUAAAGAAUUGAUGCAAAUAUUUCAAAAUGCUGGUGACUUUUAAUGCAUUUUAGUUUCUU